UAAAAAUUAUUUCUUUUAUGUUCCGAAUGUCUAGGUUCUCUUCACCUUCUACCGUGGAUCCCCACACUUCAAAUCCUUCACUCUUGAGUACUUUUUCUUCUGUAAAUAGUUGUCCUCCUGUUUUUGGAAAUCUAGCUAGCUUUCAGACUACUUUUUCAACAUUUUUUUCUUUUCUUUUCAGCUUUCUCUCCCUAAGACUCUAAUUUACCAUUUACUUCAACUUAAAGACUCAAAGAGAUAGAAACCUCUUGGUUUUUUCUUUAUUUUCUUCUUACCCUUUCUAGAUUUCUUCUUCUUAAUCUAUUCUAGGUGGUGGAUUCUUUUCAAUUUUUUUUUUUGGCUUAGAAAGUUUUUUUGGAUAUAAAUAUAUGAUUAGUUGUUGACUUAAGAUUGCAGAUUGAUAGUAAGUUUGCUGCAGAAGCUUGAGGUCUGUGUUCUUUUAACUUGGACAACUUUUUCUAAUCUCCUUUGAUCGGUACUUUCUUGUGAAGUUUGAUUCAUUAUUUUGCUUUAGUACUGUAGUGCUGGAGGAAUCAUAGUGUUUUUGUUUUUAGUUUCUUGGUUAUACAAGGUAAGAAUUGUCAAAGCUAUUUGAUUAGAGAUUGGAAAACUAGAAAAGAAUGAAUUUUAUGGCGAUAGAGGCAGAUGAGUGUGUUAGAUCUUGAAAUCUAUUGGAUCUUGAAUAGUAGAAUAUUGGUCUUAUGAUAUUUGAUGGUUAGGGUUUCUUUGUUGAGUUUUCUUGAGGUGAGUUAGAAAAGGAAACUUUGGGUUCUAAGAAAAUAGUUGUUUUCUUUGCUUCUUAGUUAGUUCGUUGUUUCUAUGAAUGAAUUAGAGAAAUAGUUACUUGGGUGCAAUGUUAAGGGUAUUAAUUCUUGGAUUCUUGAUUUAUUACCUUGGGAUAUAUGUUUCUGCCAGUGAUAAUGAGUAUCCAAGUUGUAAUUGUGAUGAUGAGGGUCAUUGGAGUAUACAAACAAUUCUUGAUUUUCAAAAAGGGAGUGAUUGCUUGAUAGCAAUAGCCUAUUUUUCGAUACCCAUUGAACUCCUUUACUUUGUUAGCUUUGCAAAUGUACCAUUCAAAUGGGUCCUGUCAUUGUUUAUAGCGUUUAUAGUCCUUUGUGGAUUGACCCAUUUGCUCAAUGCGUGGACUUUAUAUGGCCCUCAUUCAUUCCAGUUAAUGCUGAUCCUCACAAUUGCUAAAUUCCUUACUGCCCUGGUAUCUUGUGCAACUGCUAUAACCCUUUUGACUUUAAUCCCUCUCCUUUUGAAAUGGAAAGUGAGGGAGUUGUUUUUGAAGCAAAAUGUGAUGGAAUUAGGGCAAGAAGUUGGGAUGAUGAUGAAGCAGAAGGAAGCAAGUUGGCAUGUUCGGAUGCUAACUCGGGAAAUUAGGAAGUCACUUGAUAAGCAUACAAUAUUAUACACCACUUUGGUGGAGCUUUCUCAGACUUUGGAUUUACACAAUUGUGCGGUUUGGAUGCCUAGUGAAAAUAGAACGGAGAUGAACCUCACCCAUGAGCUAAAAGCGAGAUCUUCAAAUAAUUUUCACCUUUCUAUCCCAAUUAACGAUCCUGAUGUGCUGAAGAUAACAGAGAGCAAAGGGGUCUGCAUUUUGGGGCCAGAUUCAGCACUUGGGCUUGCAAGUCGUGGUGGUUCUGAUGAUUCAGGUGCUGUGGCAGCAAUCCGGAUGCCAAUGCUUUGUGUUUCAAACUUCAAAGGGGGAACACCAGAAUUCGUUGAUACUUGUUAUACUAUACUUGUUUUGGUUCUUCCAAGUGCAGAUUCUAGGGUUUGGAGCAUUGAGGAAAUGGAAAUAGUGGAAGUAGUCGCAGAUCAGGUAGCUGUAGCUCUUUCCCAUGCUGCAGUUCUUGAAGAAUCUCAGCUAAUGAGGGAGAAACUAGGUGAGCAGAAUCGUGCAUUGCAGCAGGCUAAGGAGAAUGCAAUGAUGGCAAGCCAGGCAAGAAUUUCCUUCCAGAAGGUGAUGAGUCGUGGGAUGAGGAGACCCAUGUACUCUAUUUUGGGUCUGCUUUCAAUGUUUCACAAUGACAAUAUGAGCUUUGAGCAGAAGAUUAUUGUUGAAACCUUGGUUAAAACCAGCAACGUUCUCUCAACUUUGAUUAACGAUGUGAUGGAUAUUUCGGCUAAAGAUGAUGGAAGGUUCCCAAUAGAGAUGAGGCCUUUUCGGUUGCAUUCCAUGCUUAAGGAAGCUUCUUGUCUUUUCAGAUGCUUGUCUGUUUAUAAAGGCUUUGGCUUUGGACUAGAUGUUCAGAGCUCCUUGCCUGAUCAGGUUAUAGGUGAUGAGAAAAGAACUUUUCAAGUGAUUUUGCAUAUGGUAGGGUAUCUAUUCAGAAUCUAUGAGGGAGGGGGAACUGUUAUUUUUCGGGUGUUCUCAGAGAGUGGUAGUCAGGACAAGAACGAGAAAAUGUUGGUAAUGAGGAGACCAAGCGUGCCAGACACCUAUGUGUAUAUAAAGUUUGAACUUGAGAUUAAAGAGGUUAAUUCUCAAUCUGAUGGAUCAAACUCAACCAAACUUUUGCCUGGCUGGGGACAGAAUAGUAAUGAAGUUAAGGAGGGCCUGAGCUUCAACAUGUGCAAAAAACUUGUGAAGAUGAUGCAAGGUAAUCUAUGGAUAUCAUCAAAUCCUCAGGGUUUUGCACAAAGAAUGACACUAGUUCUCAGGUUUCAAAUCCAACCGUCAUUUGGAAGAUCCAUAAUUACCCAUGGGAAUUCCUCAGAGCAAUCAAAUUCCUAUCCUCACUUCAAAGGCCUUCGGCUAGUUCUCGCUGACGAUGAUGAUGUAAACAGGACUGUGACCAAAAGGCUGCUUGAGAAGCUAGGUUGUGAAGUAAUUGCUGUUUCAUCCGGGUUUGAAUGCCUUAGUGCACUUACUGUGGCUGAAAACUCUUUUAGAAUUGUUGUUUUAGACCUUCACAUGCCUGAAAUGGAUGGAUUUGAAGUGGCAAUGAGAAUCCGGAAGUUUCGAAGCCAUAUGUGGCCAUUGAUUAUUGCCCUGACUGCAAGUGCUGAGGACAAUGUGUGGGAGAGAUGCUUGCAGGCAGGAAUGAAUGGACUGAUUCGAAAACCUGUCCUCUUACGCGGGAUGGCAGAUGAACUUAGAAGAGUUCUGCAACAAGCAGGUGAAAGGGUCUAAAGAGGAAGAUUUAGACAUUAUCUUCCCUUUGAUGAAUCUAGUCGUCGUCGAGGUCUUCCUUCAAUCAAUGCGCCUACAAAACCUCAGCGUAGGGGUGUUAAACUUAGCAUUCACAGCAUUUGGUAUACAAAAUUGUACCUUUUAAAUUUUGCUAACCAUUUGGUUCAGUUGGCAGCAUUGGUAGAACUACUUAAAAAGGAGUAUACCAGGAUGUGAAAAAAACUCACAUGCUCAACUGAUAGUAAGGAACUUUAAUAACAAUUUCAUAGAAUUUAAAUUAUACAUACUAGAAAUCUCUUUUU